AUGGCUCCCGCGAGGACGAGCCGGGGGAUUCUCCGCAGAGGGCGGCGCCACCUGAGACUUGACCGCUCCGGCGCUGGGCUCGGCCUCCCGGGACCACGGCGCUCCGCAGCCGCCUCCGAGGCGCGCCGCCAGGGGGCGCCCGCGCGCAGCGACCCCCCUCCGCUCCCGCUCCGAGCGGCCGCCAGGGGGCGCUCUUCUCCAGCGGACCGGGCUCCUGGACAUCUAAGCACCAUGAGCUACUCUAAGUGUCGGAGAGGAGUGGCCGUGCUGCCCUUCCCCAGCCCAGCAAACCCACCCUUGGCCGCCUCUCACCGGGCCCCGGAGUUACCCUAUGAUGACAUUGACAAAGCCUCAUACAAGAUGCACCAGGACCUGGACAGAUUCAUUUGUAUUGCCAAAGGCAAACAUUUAAGAGGUGAACAGCUGGAUGAGUCCAGUCUGGAGCCACUGGAGGACAGCAUCAACGAGGCCUUGUUGGACAACGCAGAGAGCCACUUUCGUAACAACAACCUGGAGUCCAUUCCUUUGUCUUCUGACAUACGGCUGGAGUUGCGAUCUCGGGUCUGGAGGCCGUCGGGCUCUGGGCCGAGAUACGAGUGGUUAGGCGGCGAGCAGUCCCGGCAGAGCUUCUGGGAAACGCUGCGGCGGUGGUUCCGGGCGAUGCUAGGCCGGCUGCAGCAGCGCUGGCAGCGUGCGUUGGCCUGGCUGCAGGAGCUGGUGGCCGCCGGGGUGCAGGCCUUGCGCAGCGCCGUCAAGCUCGUGUGCCGCAUGCUGACACGUUUCUGCUGCUGCCUGUCAGCUGCUGCCUGACGCAGUGGCUUGGGCUGCCUCUUGGGGUCUAGGGAGCUCAAAGCCCUGCGCUCCCCACUUCUGAAAGUCUUUGAAGUGUCCCACGCCUUCCUGCGCACCCGGACCCACCAUUACCUCCUGCCCCCAGCCCCUUCCUGCCUGACCUGCAGAGCUGACU